CUCGCAUCCCUCGAGAACUCACGUCGCGUCGCGCCAUCGUCUGCUAUUGCAAUGCAAUGCCCUGUGUUUACUAAAAAAAAGCUACUUUCCUGUCUGAUCAGCUGCCUGCGCAGUGAGAUUACUGUAUUACUAGCGAUCUGCACUGGAAACUCCACUGCAUCGGAGUUCUGUUCAAAACAGCGCAGCCAACAGUCAAGUCUUUACGGCAUACGUCAGCACCGGCGUUGAGCACAUUUUUUCGUUUGAAGUGGUUAAACCACGUCGCGAAAUAAACAGCCGGUUUUUCCCAGCCAGGAGACCGCGCGGGUCCGCUGAUCCCAGAACCAGUCCAGACUCGGCGGUGGACGCGAAUGGACAUGACUGCUGUGGCAGCUGUUGCCGGUACCGUGCGCCGCCGUCUUAUUGACAUAGGUGCAAACCUCACGGAUCCCAUGUUCCGCGGUUUGUACAAUGGAUCACAGAAACACGUUGAUGAUCUUCAAGAGGUUUUAAAGCGAGCAUCUGCAAAUGGCGUACAGAGGAUACUGGUAACUGGAGGCAGCCUCGAAGACAGUCAACAGGCCCUCACAUUAGCACAGACUAAUGAUAUGCUGUACAGUACUGUGGGCUGCCAUCCGACACGGUGCGGAGAAAUCGAGACCGUGGGCGAGGAGAACUACAUUCGGCAACUUCAGUUGAUGGCACUUCAAAAUCCAAAGAAAGUAGUGGCAGUCGGCGAAUUUGGUCUAGAUUAUGAGCGCUUAGAAUUCUGCAACAAAGAGACACAGCUGCGGUACUUUGAGGCCCAACUGACCCUGUCGGAGACGACGGGCCUGCCUCUGUUUCUACACUGCCGGAAAGCGGCCGCGGAUUUGGUCGCAAUUCUACGACGCAACUCCCAACGGUUUCACGCUGGAGUGGUACACUCGUUUGACGGAACUCCAGAAGAAGCAGCAGCAAUUCUGGACCUUGGACUUCACAUUGGUAUCAAUGGCUGCUCUCUGAAGACCCGCGAGAAUCUCCAAGUGGUAGCUGCCCUCCCUGCUGAUCGCCUUCUUAUAGAGACAGAUUCCCCCUGGUGUGAAAUACGACCGACGCACGCGGGAGCUAAGCUUGUUCGUACGACGUUUCCCUGCAAGAAGAAGGAACGCUUUGAGCCUGGAUUCCAAGUGAAAGGGCGAAAUGAGCCAGCAAACAUUGUGCAGGUGCUAGAAGUCCUCGCAGGCGCUCGAAAUGAAGAUGCGGACGUGUUGGCAGAACGAGUUUAUCGCAACACACUGCAACUUUUCUUUCCAGAUGAAGCCCCUUCUUAGGAACCUGUUAUGUACAAAUAAAUGGAGCCUUUUACAA